AAUUGAAAAGUAUUGUGAUAAAUCACAAUCCUUCUUAACAUUUUUGUUAACAAAAAUAUUUAUUUCAAAAUUAGUUUAUAUUUUUCAAAUAUUUAACUAACAUAAUUUUCCUUUAUUUUAGUCUGACUCAAACUAGAAUUUUCGAAAAAGCAUGUUGUGCUAAUUGAUAUAUGUCUUGUGCAAUAAGAUAUUUUAUAAUGACACGAGACAAAUUUCUUUCACAGAUUUUACUAAACUUAGAUGUGCAUCACACGUACUUCUAGAGAGACGGAUGUUUUACUAGUGAUAUACGAUACAGAUAAUAUCAUGAUAUUAUGGCCGUUGUGCGCUUGCCAGAUGUCUCAGAUUCGCAGGAGUUGUUUCCAUUAUCGGUUCGAUGCAGAAAAGGCAUUGACGAAAGUCGGGCAGCUGCAAGUACGAGCUGAAUUCGAGAGAUCAGACAGACGGAUUUUGUUUAUCUGGUCGAUAAACAAAUCGACCAGGAUAAGCGGUAUCGGAACGAGCGAAGACUCCGAUGGACGAAGGAGAGAAAGAAAGAGGGGAUCUCUCGUGCUAACAGAAGGGAUAAGAAACCCAUGCACGUACUCUUACCAGCGGUGCGACGACUUUAGUCUGACGAUCGCUUCCACGGAGUGAGGUUGACUAAAUCCGAUAUUAUAAUCCCAAGAUAAUCCGUCGGUUCGAGCACACACGGUGCCUUGGAUCCUGGUGAGUGAUUGGUGCAAAAACAAAAAGAAAAAAGAAAGAAUUCGACGAAGAGUGCUUCCAAAAUCUCGCAUCGCGAUGCAUAAAGGUUUAAUUUAAAUUUUACCUCGCAAAACAAUACGGGAAAAAUUAAGUUGUCAAAUAUUCGAAACUCGUAGCGAUGCUUGACAAAUUAAAUCGCGCAUGUAAAAUGUUUACAACGAAAAUAUUGUGAACAAACGUCGAGACAAGAAAGUCAGAAGAAAGGAAAUUUUUCUUCAAAUAAUCCAGAUUAUUUAGAGAUUCAGAUCAUUAUUUUUUAUUGUUUCCGGAAACGUUUUGCGAGACAGCAAGAAAUCGAAGCUCCUUCCAAUAUUGUAUUACGCAAUAAUUUACAUAAUAAUUUAUAUUCCUGUAUCGAAUUUUGCUACUCUCGGGAGAAGACAUAUCUUUCAGUUUCCGCGGCACGUGGCGCGAGCCUGCUCCCUCCUCGCUCAAUCUUAGCAAAGUCGAGGAAGCCGUCGACUUCGCGAACGUGUGCGCGUGGUGUGCAACGGGCAGGAGAAAGUGCGCUUGCUGUGUGUCUAUCUUUCGAUAUUUUUGGCGGAUCGAUUUGCGACAGCGAAAUCGAUGACCGAGCGUCGUCGGCGACCUGCCUGACGAUGAGAGGCUCGCGUUUACUCAGGACAGCAUGAUUCUCGGCGCGUGCGGCUUGUCCGCGUGCAUUAACAUGCGCGAAGACACACGUGUUCGCGGGGACCGCUAGAUCCAUCUGAAGAAGUGAAGAAGAACGCCUGACGUAGAGCAGGAACGAGAGGACAUCUCCUGGCAAGGAUCAUCGAACGUGCAACGAUCGAAGAUCGAUUGCGAGGAUAAUUACUGGCCGCCGAA